AUGAAAUUUCCAGGCCAACAUCUUUUGCUGGCCGGUGGCCUAUCUGGAGCUUUUGCAAGCCCAAUGGAAUCGAAGGUCGCAAAGACUACCAAGAACUUUGUGGUUUUUGGUGAUUCCUACUCGACUGUUGGAUUCUGGCCUGGAGGACAGCUACCCUCAGCCUCGAACCCCAUAGGAAACCCAGGAUUACCCGGCCAAACAACUUCUGCCGGACUCAACUGGGUCGGCCAUGUCACUUCGACCCUAAAUACGUCGCUGAUAUUGACAUAUGACUUUGCCUACAGCGGAGCAACAGUGGAUAAGAAAAUUGUGAACUCUUGGGCACAAUAUUCAUUCUCGGACCAGGUGGGACUGUACAAGCAAUACGUUGCGCCCAAGAUCAGUAAUGCCGACACCCUCGUUGCCAUCUGGAACGGUAUAAACGAUGUCGGUGAGGCUUUUUGGAGUAAGACAGGAGCAUUAGUUACUGAAUGCGUGAAUCGUUACUUUGAGCUUGUACAAACCCUUGUUGAUGAUGGUUUCAAGAACUUUGUCUUGCUUAGUAUCCCUGCAUAUGCAGAUCAGUUCCCGAAAAUGAUAGGCCAGCCAUCUGCUGAUCUAGCCCGACUCAGGGCCGACAUCAUAUCUUAUAACAAAGCCUUGAAGGACAAAGCUGCUGCCUACUCUUCAUCUCACCCAGGAGUCAAACUCCAGAUCUUCGACACCAAGCCUUCAUUUGAUCAAGUGAUCAACAACUAUGCUUCUUACGGGGCUAAAGAUGCCACAUGCUUUGGCUCAGCUAAUUGUCUUUGGGCUGACGAUUAUCAUGCGAGUGGAGCGAUUCAUAAGUUGCUCGCCCAGAAUUUUGUCAAAGCCGUGCAAGGUGCUUUCGUGUUCUAG